GGGAUAACCUCGCCCCGCUGACCAUGCCUGGGAGUCCGUCCCCGCUGAUGGGGCUUCCUGCUCUCCUGAGGCCUCGCUCUUGGCUUCGCGGUCUGUCUUAGCAGCUGGUUUGGCUUGGCAUCCAGUCCGUGGGCAGCCUGUUUUUUAUUUAUUUUUUUAUUUUUGUGGGGGUGGGGUUUGCACCUUCAAGCCUGGGAAGCGCAGCCGCCACUUGCAGCCUGGGGGAGGGAGGGGGGUGGCCUGCCUCUCUGCCCCGGAAUAGGAGGAUGUCUCUUUUCACGAAGGCGCUGAGAGUCUCCAACCGCUCGAUCUUCGUCUUCCUCUUCUUCUUUUCCUUCUCCUCCUCUUGCCUGUAUUUCAUUUAUGUGGCUCCCGGAAUAGCAAAUACGUAUCUAUUUAUGGUUCAAGCACGAGGUAUAAUGCUGAAAGAAAAUGUGAAAACAAUAGGGCAUAUGAUCAGGCUAUACACUAAUAAAAAUGCUACUUUAAAUGGCACAGAUUACCCUGAAGGCAACAAUUCAAGUGAUAACCUUGCACAAACUGUGAUGUACCUUCCAGAAAAUUUCACUUAUUCUCCUAGCCAACCUUGUCCAGAAAAGUUGCCCUACAUGAGAGGCUUUAUUGAUGUCAAUAUGAGUGAAAUUGGUUUGGAUGAAAUUCAGAAGGUAUUUUCAAAAGAUUUAGAUAUUGAACCAGGUGGUCAUUGGAGGCCCAAGGACUGUAAACCACGGUGGAAGGUUGCAAUACUCAUUCCUUUUCGGAAUCGCCAUGAACAUCUUCCAAUAUUUUUCCGACACCUGAUACCAGUGUUACAAAACCAAAGGCUGGAAUUUGCUUUUUAUGUUGUUGAACAGACUGGAACACAGCCAUUUAACCGAGCAAUGCUCUUCAACAUUGGUUUUAAAGAAGCCAUGAAGGAUGGUGACUGGGACUGUGUAAUUUUUCAUGAUGUGGAUCACUUACCUGAAAACGAUCGAAAUUAUUAUGGAUGUGGUGAGAUGCCACGACAUUUCGCUGCAAAGCUGGACAAAUAUAUGUACAUUCUUCCAUACAAUGAGUUCUUUGGUGGUGUAAGUGGACUAACAAUAGAACAAUUCAAAAAAAUCAAUGGAUUUCCAAAUGCUUUCUGGGGAUGGGGUGGAGAAGAUGAUGAUCUCUGGAAUAGAGUUCACUAUGUAGGAUACAACGUAUCAAGACCAGAAGGAGAGCUAGGGAAGUAUAAGUCUAUUCCUCAUCAUCACCGAGGAGAAGUUCAGUUCUUAGGACGGUAUAAACUAUUAAGAUAUUCCCGAGAGCGUCAGUACAUUGAUGGGUUGAAUAAUCUGCUAUAUACACCUACUAUUUUAGUCAGCAAAUUGUAUACAAAUGUAACAGUAAACCUUAUGCCAGAACUAGCUCCUGUCCAAGAUUAUUAAUGGAACAGCAGAAUAAAUGGAUCAAAUAUUUGAAAACAUUGAUUUGAAACCGCAAGUUAAAGACAUCAAAUCAGAUAUUUCUGAAGACUUAACAAAAGAAGUCAAAUGAUUGUAUGUAUGACUAUGUGCCAGUUUGUGAAAAGAAACCCUAGUGGCUGCUACUUAAAAUGUUUACUUCAUGAAACCAACACUAUUCAAACCUUGUUUGGGCACGUUUUUCACAACAGAAACCACUCGUCUCAACUGUAAUUAACAGUCGUGUUGCUUGUUUAGAAGCCAAGAAAAAUCAUUUUCACCCAGGAAAUAUGCUUUCAAGAAAUCACAGUUAAAAUGAACUUUUUAAUAUUUUUCAUGUUAUGUAAAUAUCUUUUAAAUUAACAUGCUUUUGAACAUGGCAGCAUUCAAGAGUUCUGUAUGUGCUUGAGAAUACUUGUGUUCAGUCUCUUGGAUUUUGUUUAUUGGCAUGAAAUAACAUGGAAACAGUUUGACUGGUUUACAAUGAAGGACCAAUUUGCUACUUAGGGUUGUAAACUAUUUUGAGCUCCAAUAUACCUACAUACGUGAUUUUACCACUAAUUUUUCUGUGAAUAAUCUUUAAUUUUUUUAUUCUAUUUAUUACUUAGGCAAUGCCACGAUUCCCUGAUUAUGCUUGAAAUAAUAUUGUUUAUGCAUAUUGCAUGUACAUUAUGGGAAUCCAUCAAGGAUGUUAUUGUGUGCCAAUAGUGUUGGUAUCAGAUUUAUGCCCAGUCAGUCUAUUUAUUAAGAUAUUGCUGCUUGUAGAUUUCUUUUUAAAACAACUCCUUCCCUCCUAAAUGGAAAGUCCAGAUAUAUGUGCUCAUUAGAAGAUUAAUGAGUGAUAAUAGGAGGGGAAUGAUGGCAGAAAGACUUAAUAUGAACAGAAGGAGAUUUUCAGAACAUUUGCCAUUGGUUCAAAUUUAUUUACAUUAAAGUUGCUGGAGCUGGAGUUACCCCAAGGGGGAAUGUUUUGAAGAUUUCUCACAUAAUAAUUGGCAUUAGUGUCAAAAGCUUCUCUUUUUAAAGUUCUGUGAAUUUUCGGCAACAACCUAAGACUCUUUCCUUCAUGACCUCUAGAAAGAAUGAGCAUUCUCUAUUUUCUCUAAUUUCACCAGUUUUUGUGGAAUGGGUGAAGAUCACCAUAUUAUAAACGCUAUUAUUUAGUAUAGUCUUAUAUUAGUGCAGUUAAUACCAUGUGAAAUUACUUCCUUAGAGCCUCAGCAUAUUUUUAUUAUUAUUAUAUGCUGUUCAUAGUUCAACUGUGGCACUUGCUCUCAUGGGAGGCAAUGAUGUCCACCAACUUAGAUGGCUUUAAAAGAGGAUUAAACAAAAGUAUGGAGGAGAGGGCUGUCAAUGGCUACUAGUCAUGAUGGUUAUGCUCAGCAUCCACAGGUGGUGGCAGCAGCGUACUGAUUGCCAGCUGCUGGAAACUACAGGAGGGGAGAGUGCUUUUGUGCUUGAAUUCCGAAAAACAUCUGGUUGGCCUCUCUGAGAGCAGGAAACUGAACCAGAUGGGCCAUUGGCCUGAUCCAGCAGGCUUUUCUUAUGUCAUGCCCUUUUGUUAUGUAGACGUUGCAAGAGACACCUGUCAUUCUAAAUAGUAUGCAAAAUUCAACUAGGCAUUUUACACAGUUAAAUAUGAAGAGUUCUUGCUGAAAAAGCAAUGAUGUCAGGAAGACAUGAUGUAAAUUGGGCAUUUAAAAGAGUAUUUAAAUUUCAUCUAGAUCUCUACAUUGGGUGUUCUUCUUCCCCUAACCCCCAAUUCAUUAGUGGACUUUUACGAAGUUAAACAUGCCACACGUUUACCAGAUUUAAUAUGACCACAUUAUUUGAAUGCAAAUGCUUAACUUUAAAAUGUCAGCUUGUUGCAUAACUUUUAUAUAGGUAUAUAUUUAUAUAUAUAUAUUAUGCCUUCAUUUUUAAUCUAUCAAAAAUAAUAAUCCAAGAGACAUUGUACACUAUUUCCUGCUUGAACACACCAUUCUAGAGCAGAUCUUAAUAUGCCAUGUGCCUUUAAAGUAGCAUAAGACUGGAGCUGGAAGCCAUUCAUAUUCUUUAUCCAUGGCCUAUUGUAAAACCCCUAAAAAGUUGAAUUUGGUUUCUGGUUUCCAGUAGUUGACAAUUAAGAGUUCCCAAUAGUUGACAAUUAAAAAUACCUAUAAUUGGAAAUAUGAUUUUUAAGAUUAUAAAGAGAAAUUAUAAUUAAACGAAGUAAUGAUAAUCACAUCACUUUGAAGUCUGCUGAGAAUACUAACUUUACCCCACCCUACUUGGUCCUUUAAUAUUUGGGGCUAAAAUGAGAGGUAAUUGAUAUAUGGAUAAUAAAACAUACUUUCCCCCUUGGAUCUCUGGGCCUAUUUUGGAAUCUUGUUAAAGAGUUGAGCUUGUAUUUUUUCAUGUAAACUAUGUGAAUUGUUUAAAAAAAUGUACUUGCAGCAUAUCAGAGGGAAGUGUACUUAACAUUAUUUUACUGUUCCAGCUGUGAGAUGCUCAUUUAAUGCACUGAAAACUAAUGUUGUAAAUUGUAAAGAAUCAUGCUAUGACAUUUUAUUUUGCACAUUAAAAUGUUUGUACUUUUAAAAUACAGUCUCUUGAAAUGUAGUGUGCUAAAAACUGAUGUACUGUUACUUUUACUAAUAUAGCUUUUAUUUUGUUUGAAAUAGUUUUGAAAUAGUGUAUUCCUUCAAUUUCUUUUCUUUUAAAGCACAGGUUUUAGGAGAGCUCCGCCUCAUUAUAUUCUACAAUGUUUAAAUGAAAAGAGGUUUCAAUAUUUUGUUAUUAUUUUUCCUUAGAGUGGAAUCCGACUAAGCCAUAGUCAGAGUAGAUCCACUGAAACAUGUGUUCUUAUGUGAGUCAUUUUUACCUUAAGUCUCUUGAUUUCUAACAGUCAGUGCAAGCAACAACACUUACGGUAGUGCCUGGUUUUAGAAACAUGCCCUUAAUUACCCAAUAUACAAUUCAGCUCAUUGCUCAUGCAAUUCCUCUGUGCAUGCAUGCCUAGCUAUCUUCAAGUUCCUGAAGGUGCUUUUCAGAUUAGCUUUUCCUAAACUACUGGUAGUUUUAUCACUGAUUUUACAUGGGGAUACAGUGGUACCAUGGGUUUAGAACGGCUUAGUUUAUGAACAACUUGGAAAUAGAAUGCUGCAAACCCGGAAGCAGGUGUUUCGGUUUGUGAACUUUGCCUUGGAAGCUGAACGUGUUCCGCUUCCUGCUGAGUGUGUUCCGUUUGUAGAUUGAGUCCCCUGCUGCUAAUCAGAGGCUUCCUGUUGAGUCUGUCAGCUGUUGAGUCCCGAGCACCCACACAACACAUAGGUGAUAUUUGGAGCUUUUGAUUUUGCUAUAUUUUGUGUUUUUGUGUGGCUUUUUUGUUUUUUUGACUAUGACUUGUUGUUUGUGCACAUCAGUGCACAUAAGAAAAAAAUAAUUUUAAUUUUUAUCAUCUACAAUACUGUCUUAUUUAUUUUAUAGUACAGUGGUACCUUGGGUUACUGAUGCUCCAGGUUACAGACUCUGCUAACCCAGAAAUAGUACCUCAGGUUAAGAACUUUGCUUCAGGAUGAGAACAGAAAUUGUGCGGCAGCGGCACGGCGGCAGUGGGAGGCCCCAUUAGCUAAAGUGGUGCUUCAGGUUAAGAACAGUUUCAGGUUAAGAAUGGACCUCCAGAACGAAUUACCGUAAGUUCUUAACCCGAGCUACCACUGUACAGUACAUUGAUUAUUGCUUUCAUUUUAUGGAUCAAUGGUCCCAUUAGAUAGUAAAAUUCAUGUUAAAUUGAUGUUUUAGGGGUUGUCUUUUAAAAUUUGAAUGGAUUAAUCUGUUUUGCAUUCCUUUCUAUGGGAAAGCGCUCCUUGGUUUUGGAACAGACUUCUGGAACGGAUUAAAUUUGGGAACCAACGUACCACUGUAAUGGCUUGGACCCUACAUUUUUGCUCCUUUCACGGAAGGCGAGUUACACUCCUAGUGGAAAGUAUUUUAAGAACACAUUCCAUUCUCACGUUUGUGCAUGUGCGUGUGUGUGGAUGGAUGCAUGUGCGCACGCACAUCACUAAUAGCACUGAGAUCUUCAGUAUGACGUCUCCUUCCUUGCCACUUCCCUCUGCCUUAAGUGUGACUUAUGUGCCAAUGGAAGCAUUUCUCCAGGCUUCCUGGAGACUUGCAACAUGUGAGUGAGCAUAGGUGUGCCAGCAGCCAGAUGUGCAAUGGGUAUAGUCUAGAUCCUAUAAAAAUUGAGAAAGGACUGUGGGUGCCUCCUGAGGUUUUUCAAACAAAACCGGAUCUUGCUUUGUAACACAGAAAAUGAUACUGAAACUAUUUAGAGGAGAAAUAUUUAUUGAUGCAUUAAAAAAAAAAGUUUUAGCCGAGAUGUUAAUGCUAGAUGCUACUUUAGCAAACAAGCCAUGGGUUAUACAAAUUAACUGCGACCUCUAAUAUAAUC